AUGGUAGCGACGGUUCUCAUCACCGGUGCAAGUGGCUUAAUUGGCUUUCGCAUCUUACUCGCCGCACUCGAAGCUGGCCAUAAGGUGCGGUACACUGCGCGCUCCCAUGAGAAGGCACAAUUAGUGGCAUCCAACCCAGCUGUCCGAAAGCUCGCGCCAGGAGACCGGCUCGUCGCUGCCAUCAUCUCCGAUCUGACAGCUGACGGUGCCUUUGACUCGGCGUUAGACGGCGUGACGCACGUCAUCCACGCCGGCUCGCCCGUGCCAAAACCGACAUUUGAGCCUAUAACGGAAGUUUUUCAGCCCACCAUUAAAAUGGCGUCAGGGCUAUUGCAAUCUGCCAUCAGAUCUCCUAGCGUCCGGCGAGUUAUCAUCACCUCGUCCAUUGUGGCCAACGCUGGCCUCAUUCCCGGCCCGGAUACGGUGACUGCCUCGACGCGUAUUCCGCCAUUAAACAUGAAUCCAGACAUAAGCAGCUUCGGGAGUGCCAUGGAGGGCUAUGUCGCAGGGAAGAUUGUUGAGAUGCAUAACACGGAUGAGUUGGUCAGAACGUAUAAGCCUCACUUCACCAUCUCGCACGUUGUUCCUGGCUACGUCUUCGGGCGCAACGAGCUGGCCCUGGAUGCUACUAUGAUGCGAACAAAGAACAGCUCUAACAACUUCCUAAUGUUCGGUAUGACGGGUGCCGAGCUUCCGUUUCCCAUUCACGACGUCUUCGCUCACAUCGACGAUGUGGCCGAGACACACUUGCGAGUCACCUUUGACGAGGCAUGCGUUGGUAAGGAUUAUGGCAUUGCGACAAAAGUCGACUACGCCUCCAUCUUUGACCAUGUAGAGAAAGCCUUCCCAAAGGCCGUGGAGGCAGGCGUUUUUAAGAGAGGGACGGUACACGCGUUACCCACAGCUUAUGACUCGAGUGAAACGCAAGCUCUCCUUGGUGGGAGAGUGAAAGGUUUCGAGAGCGCCGUGAUUGAUACUGCCGGACAAUAUCUAGAAACGCUAGGAAUAGCUAAGGAGUGA